UUUGCAGCCUGCCUUCUAAGUUUUUCGAUCUAUAACAACAACGUCGAAGAAACAAAGAGAGAGAGAGAGAGAGUUUUUGCGUGUCUGAACAGAGAGAAAGAGAGAGAAUUUGAGUGUUUAGAGUGAAGGAAAGAAGAUGAGAGAAAUAAUUAGCAUACACAUAGGGCAAGCAGGGAUUCAAGUAGGCAAUGCUUGUUGGGAGCUUUACUGUCUUGAGCAUGGCAUCCAACCAGAUGGAGUGAUGCCUAGUGACGCUUCAGUGGGUGGUGCACACGAUGCAUUCAAUACUUUCUUCAGUGAGACUGGUUCUGGAAAACAUGUGCCUAGAGCUAUUUUCCUCGACUUAGAACCAACUGUUAUUGAUGAAGUUAGGACUGGAACUUAUCGGCAACUUUUCCACCCUGAACAGCUUAUUUCUGGAAAGGAAGAUGCUGCUAAUAAUUUUGCUAGGGGACACUAUACAGUUGGGAAGGAAAUUGUGGAUCUCUGCCUUGAUCGAGUGAGGAAGUUGGCUGAUAACUGCACUGGCUUACAAGGGUUUUUAGUGUUUAGUGCUGUUGGUGGUGGAACAGGUUCUGGUUUGGGGUCGUUGCUGUUAGAACGCUUGUCUGUUGAUUACGGGAAGAAGUCAAAGCUUGGAUUCACCAUUUAUCCUUCUCCUCAGGUUUCUACGGCUGUUGUGGAGCCUUACAACAGUGUACUCUCUACUCAUGCCCUUCUUGAGCACACAGACGUGACAGUGCUUUUGGAUAAUGAAGCUAUAUAUGACAUUUGCCGAAGAUCCUUGGAUAUUGAAAGACCCACAUACACAAAUUUGAACCGAUUGAUAUCUCAAAUCAUAUCGUCCUUGACAACUUCGUUGAGGUUUGAUGGAGCCAUAAACGUGGACAUUACAGAGUUCCAGACCAACCUUGUUCCUUAUCCCCGUAUUCAUUUCAUGCUUUCUUCAUAUGCCCCUGUCAUAUCAGCGGAAAAGGCAUACCAUGAGCAGUUGUCAGUUCCAGAGAUCACAAAUGCUGUCUUUGAGCCUGCAAGCAUGAUGGCUAAGUGUGAUCCUAGGCAUGGGAAAUACAUGGCCUGUUGUUUGAUGUACCGAGGAGAUGUUGUUCCAAAGGAUGUCAACGCUGCUGUGGCAACUAUCAAAACCAAAAGGACUGUUCAGUUUGUUGACUGGUGUCCAACUGGCUUCAAAUGUGGUAUCAACUAUCAGCCACCUACUGUAGUACCUGGGGGUGAUCUCGCCAAGGUUCAGCGUGCUGUUUGCAUGAUCAGCAACAACACAGCUGUGGCUGAGGUGUUCUCUCGCAUUGACCACAAAUUUGAUCUCAUGUACUCCAAGAGGGCAUUUGUACACUGGUAUGUUGGUGAAGGCAUGGAAGAGGGGGAAUUCUCAGAAGCUCGUGAAGAUUUGGCUGCCCUUGAGAAGGAUUACGAGGAAGUUGGUGCUGAAGGUGUAGAUGAUGAAGAAGACAAUGAAGAUUACGAGUAAGUUAUUACCACCAGCAAUCGAGAAGGACCGUGAGGGUUUGGCCACCAACCCUCCCCUUCUUGCUUCGCAGCUGUUAUGUUUGUGAUUUGUGGCACCGCUAUCCUUCAGUAAAACAGUUAAAAAUAUUUCUUAUUUAAUGUGUUUUCAUGGUUUCGAGUUCGACAUUUUUUUUGGGUUGAAAGAGUUCGACAUUUCAGAAUGAAGUUAUCCGUCAUUUCUGCGUUUU